ACUCCUCCCAGGAACAUGAAGGGACUCUCCGGAGGCCGCCCCGCCCAGCUGCAGCUCACCUCCCCCACGUCGGCCCACACGUGCGGCCUGGCCGACUGCGAGCACUCCCUGGACCACCACCUCCACCAUGGGGAGUCCCGCUCGCCCUCCUACCUCCUCAGCCCCACGGAGAGCUGCCCUCUGGACGGCCACCACCGCUGCUCCCCGCGGAGCUCCAUCCACUCCGAGUGCAUGGCCAUGCCCUCCUCCAUGUCCAACACCGACCACUCCCUCUCCAGCAGCACCUUCCCCCGCAUGCACUACGGCGGCGGCACGCGGGACGCCGGCGGCGCCAGCAGGGACGGCAAAUCCAACCGCAUCCCGGCCAACCUGCUGGACCAGUUCGAGAAGCAGAUGCCCGUGCACCGCGGCGACGGCUUCCACACGCUGCAGUACCAGCGCACCACCACCACCACCACCACCACCGCCACCGAGCCGCGCAACGAGAGCCCCGGACGCAUCCGCCACCUGGUGCACUCGGUGCAGCGGCUCUUCACCAAGUCCCACUCGCUGGAGGGCUCGUCCAAGAUGAACGGCACCAAGGGCGACUCCCAGCGGGGCGAGGGCUCCAACCACCACCACCACCACCAGCACCAGCAUGGCCACCACAAACACAGCAAGCGCAGCAAGAGCAAAGAGCGCAAGGCCGGCGACAGCGGCGGCGGAGGCGGUGGCGGCGGCGGCGGUGGCGGGGGCGGCAGCAAGCAGCGCUCGGGCGGCUGGUGGAGCUCGGACGACAACCUGGACAGCGACAGCACGUACCGGACGCCCAGCGUCAUGUCCCGCCACCCCCUGGAGCACAUGGGCCACUGCUACCCCCUGGACACCAUGCAGGCCCACCUGGCCGGGGACCACCUGUCCCUCAAGACGUCCAAGAGCAACAACGACGUCAAGUGCUCGGCGUGCGACAGCGUGGCCAUGGCGCCCGAGGGGAAGUUCAUGAAGCGGAGCUCCUGGUCCACGCUGACCGUCAGCCAGGCCAAGGAGGCCUACAGGAAGUCGAGUCUCAACCUGGAGAAGCCCAUGACGCCGACGGACCUCAAGCCCAACAUCAGGCCCUGUCACUUCCUGCAGGUGCCCCAGGACGAGUGGGGUGGCUACCCGGGCGGGGGUAAGGACGAUGAGAUCCCCUGCCGGCGGAUGCGGAGCAGCAGCUACGUCAAGGCCAUGGGGGACGAGGAGAGCGGCGAUUCGGACUCCAGCCCCAAGACCUCGCCCCAGAAGGCGGUCAAGAACUCCCUCAGGCCCCGGGAGCUGCUGGACUCCCAGAGUCAGAGCUACCACUUGCAGGCCAGAGACAUGCAUCCGGCCCUUGUCCUGGAUCCUUCUACCAACUACAACUCCCCUAAAUUUCGCUCCAGGAACCAAAGCUAUAUGCGCGCCGUUAGCACACUGAGCCAAGCUAGCUGUGUUAGCCAGGUGAGCGAGACAGAGAUCAACGGUCAGUUCGAGUCGGUGUGCGAGUCGGUGUUCAGCGAGGUGGAGUCGCAGGCCAUGGAGGCCCUGGACCUGCCGGGCUGCUUCCGCACCAGGAGCCACAGUUACCUGCGGGCCAUUCAGGCGGGCUACUCCCAGGAUGACGACUGCAUCCCCUCAAUGGGCUCCUCCACUGUCACCUCCACCAUCAGGUCCACCACAGCCGCCGGCUACAGCACCCCGAGCUACAAGAAGACCCCGCCCCCCGUCCCGCCCCGCACCACUUCCAAGCCCCUCAUCUCCGUCACGGCCCAGAGCAGCACAGAGUCCACCCAGGACGCCUACCACGACGGACGGCACCCGCGGGGGGGCAUGUGGGCCCCCGACGGCCUGGGCCUGGGCCUGGGCCUGGGGCUCAGCCUGGGCACGGCCCUGUACAACUCCACCGACAGCCUGGACAGCGCCAAAGCCGUCAGCAUAGCCAUGGAGGCGGCGGGCGCCAUGGCCGGCAGGAGGCACCCCUCCACGGACAGCCACAGCUCGGUGCAGACCUGCGACAAGGCAGUCCUCGUGUCCAAGGCGGAGGAGUACCUGAAGACGCCCCGCUCCUCCAUAGGGAUCCAGGUGGAGGCGGCCACGGACUCGGAGUCGGAGAGUAAAGGCUCCCGGGAGUACCAUUCUGUUGGCGUCCAGGUGGAGGACUCCAAAAAGGGGCAGGGCCGCUUCAAGCGCUCCAACAGCGUGACGGCGGGCGUGCAGGCGGACCUGGAGCUGGAGGGCUUCCCCACCAUGGAGGACAAGGGCCUGCAGUUCGGCGGCGGCUUCCAGCGCCACUCGGAGCCCAGCACGCCCACGCCGUACGGCGGGGUGCGCACCGUGCGCACCCAGGGACUCUUCAGCUACCGCGAGGACUACCGCACGGCCGCCGAGCCCACCAGCCCGCGGGAGACCGCCCCCGGCGAGGGGGGCGGCGGCUGGCAGCUGGAGCCCCCCCCGCCCCGAGAGAGUGGCGGCGGUGGCGGCGGCAGCGGCGGCGCCUCGUCGGGCGAGUCGGGCCGGGCGUCGCCCUCGCUGCGGCGCGACGGCAGCUGGUUCAUGCAGCUGCUGCACACGGAGACCAAGAGGAUGGAGGGCUGGUGCAAGGAGAUGGAGGCGGAGGCGGAGGAGCACGACCUGUCGGAGGACACCCUAGGGAAGAUCCGGAGCGCGGUGGGUAGCGCUCAGCUGCUCAUGUCCCAGAAAUUCCAGCAGUUCUACUGGCUGUGUCAGCAAAACCUGGACCCCAGCGCCAUGCCCCGGCCCACCUCUCAGGACCUGGCCGGCUUCUGGGAUCUCCUGCAGCUCUCCAUCGACGAUGUCACCGUUAAGUUUGAACAGCUGCAGCAGAUCAAGAACAACAACUGGAGACCUUUAGACACCCCGGAGAAGAAGCCACUAGCUCCCGUACCAAAGAAGGCGGUGAGACAGCGGAGCCUGGUGACCCGGGAGAAGUCCCUGGAUCUCUCGGGAGCCGACCGCCACCGCCAGGAGGCCCGGCGCCGCCUCAUGGCGGCCAAGCGCGCCGCCUCCUUCCGUCAGAACUCUGCGUCGGAGCGGGCGGACAGCAUCGAGAUCUACAUCCCAGAGGCUCAGACCAGACUGUGA